GUACACCAUUCAUUUCAAUUUCAACAGAAUCAUUCUAUUGACCAAGAUAAUAUCGCACAUUUCUGAUUAUCAAUCUUUAUAACUGACGUCCAAUCACUUCUGUAAUAAACAUCAUGCGUGAAAGUUUUGAUAUAGUUGUACGAAAUGAUAAAUAUACAUUGACAGUCAAAUUGUUGUACAGUGUUUCAAUUAUUCUAUUGAUCGUAUGGGUGAUGAACAUUGUACCAAGUCUUUUUCAAUGGAGAAUCAAUCAAGUCGAUCAUGAUGUAAUACCUAAAACAAUAGAAUUUUCGUGCAAUAAUAUAUCUGUUCCAAACGGGUCAGAAUCAGAUCUUGCUAGUGUAUUACACAAAAUAUAUUCCCCUAUCAGUAAAACGUCCGUUCAAAAAUACCAACUGAGAUAUAGUCUGGAAGAAAAUAGACUUGAGAAAUUAUAUGAUUCAUUGGGUGUGAAUAAGACGGUGAAGACGUUUCUCAACUAUGGGCAUCGUACAAUUUUUAGACCAAUGAACUUUUCAAAAUGUCAUGCUUCAAAAUGUGCAGUUAUCACUGACAUGAACAGAUGGCGAGAAGCUGAUGCACUUAUACUGACAGAAGAUAAAGUGCCAAAUGGAAUUCGACCUCCAGAGCAAUUAUGGUUUAGUUUAAUAGAAGAGUCGCCUGUACAUAUUGCUAUGGCAGGUACACUGGAAAAUGAAAUUAAUUACACUAUCUCCUUCCGUCUGGAUUCAACGAUUUACUCACCAUACGGUUCCUAUGAGCCAUACAUGAAGCACCAUGGACCAGAAACACGAUAUCCUUUACCUUCUAGAAACUUCGCUACUGGGAAAUCAAAGAAAGUUGCAUGGUUUGUGAGUAACUGUAUGCCGUAUAGUCCAAGAAUGACAUACGCCAAUGAACUUUCACGAUAUAUCCCGCUUGAUAUUUAUGGUCAUUGUGGCACGUUAUCCUGUCCAAAGUAUAUUUCAACAGAUACCUCAUCAGUUAGUUGCUUGAAAAUGAUUCGCGAAAAUUACAAGUUUUAUUUGAGCUUCGAAAAUAGUUUGUGCAGUGAAUACAUAACAGAGAAGUUGUAUAAAAAUGCAUUGAAAAACGAUCUACUUCCAAUUGUGAUGGGUGCAUCGAUAGAGGAAUAUGAAAGAGUCGCUCCUCCAUACUCGUUCAUUCACGUUGAUCAAUUCGAAUCACCAGCUAAACUGGCACACUAUUUGAAGUAUUUGGACGAGAACGAUACUGCAUAUAAUGAAUAUUUUGCAUGGCAUGGUCAUGGAAUCAUACAUGAUUACGAUGCCCAACCUCAAUGUGCAAUGUGUCUACUAGCUCAUACAUCUCAUUCAUUUGGUCCAUAUUGGGUUCCGAGUGUGGCACGAUGGUGGAAUGAUGGAUGUAAUGGUCGGAAAUUGCGUUGGAAUCCACGAAACAUGAAUAUUGAGAACAGAAACAUUGUUUUAUUGUAGAUUGUAUUAAAUUGUAAUGUACAUAGUGCUUUCUGUGUUAUAGAUCAAAUUACAUUUGAAAAUGGACAAUAUUUUACACAUAAUAAAAAUACUGAUAUUUUUC